GAGCCAUGACCAUGCAUAACAGAAACGAAAUAUUAAACCAGUUUGAAUAGGAAAACCCCGUCUCCAUCGAAUACGGUCAGGAUCUCAAAACAGUUACACAAACAUAAAAGGAACAUUCUCCAAACUUCAAAAUCCAUUAACCUUCUUCAUUCAUCGGUUUCUCAGAAACUCUAUUUUUCCCUGUCGUUUUUUUUUUCUAACUUGAGUCUCUGCAGUUAGAGUUUUACAAUGGCUGGCAAAGGUGAGGGGUCGGCAAUCGGGAUUGAUCUGGGGACUACCUACUCGUGCGUGGGUGUUUGGCAACAUGAUAGGGUGGAGAUUAUUGCUAAUGAUCAGGGGAACAGAACAACACCGUCCUACGUGGCUUUCACUGAUAGCGAGCGUUUGAUUGGCGAUGCUGCUAAGAACCAGGUUGCCAUGAACCCUAUAAACACUGUCUUUGAUGCAAAGCGGUUGAUAGGGAGGAGGUUCAGUGACGCAUCCGUCCAAAGCGACAUCAAGUUGUGGCCUUUCAAGGUUUCCCCUGGUGCCGGUGACAAGCCGAUGAUCUCAGUUACAUACAAAGGUGAAGAGAAGCAAUUUGCUGCUGAGGAAAUCUCCUCUAUGGUUCUCAUGAAGAUGAAAGAGACGGCAGAGGCCUAUCUGGGUUCGACAGUGAAGAAUGGUGUUGUUACUGUCCCUGCAUACUUCAAUGACUCACAGCGUCAGGCCACGAAGGAUGCUGGUGUUAUUGCAGGCCUCAAUGUCAUGCGAAUCAUCAAUGAACCAACCGCGGCUGCUAUUGCUUAUGGACUUGACAAGAAAGCUAGUAGUGUUGGCGAGAAGAAUGUGCUCAUCUUUGACCUCGGAGGUGGUACUUUUGAUGUCUCUCUCCUCACCAUCGAAGAGGGGAUUUUCGAAGUGAAAGCCACGGCUGGAGAUACACACCUUGGAGGAGAAGAUUUUGAUAACAGGAUGGUAAACCAUUUUGUGCAGGAGUUCAAGAGGAAGAAUAAGAAAGACAUUAGUGGAAGUCCCAGGGCCUUGAGGAGAUUGAGAACUUCUUGUGAAAGAGCAAAGAGGACUCUAUCCUCCACUGCUCAAACCACUAUUGAGAUUGACUCUCUGUAUGAAGGUAUUGAUUUCUACUCUACGAUUACUCGUGCUAGAUUUGAGGAACUCAACAUGGACCUCUUUAGGAAGUGUAUGGAGCCAGUAGAGAAAUGCCUAAGGGAUGCUAAGAUGGAUAAGAGUAGUGUACAUGAUGUUGUACUUGUUGGUGGGUCUACUAGGAUUCCAAAGGUACAACAGCUAUUGCAGGACUUUUUUAAUGGAAAGGAGCUCUGUAAGAGCAUUAACCCUGAUGAGGCCGUUGCCUAUGGUGCGGCUGUACAAGCUGCCAUUUUGAGUGGUGAGGGCAAUGAGAAGGUUCAAGAUUUGCUUCUUUUGGAUGUCACCCCUCUCUCCCUUGGGCUGGAAACUGCUGGUGGAGUCAUGACUGUUCUUAUUCCAAGGAACACCACAAUACCUACCAAGAAGGAACAAGUUUUCUCUACUUACUCGGAUAACCAACCUGGUGUAUUGAUUCAGGUCUACGAGGGUGAGAGAACAAGAACAAGGGACAAUAACUUGCUUGGUAAAUUUGAGCUUUCUGGCAUUCCACCAGCUCCUAGGGGUGUGCCUCAAAUCACUGUUUGCUUUGACAUAGAUGCCAAUGGCAUCUUGAAUGUCUCUGCUGAGGACAAAACCACAGGGCAAAAGAACAAGAUUACAAUCACCAAUGACAAGGGCAGGCUGUCCAAGGAAGAGAUUGAGAAGAUGGUUCAAGAAGCAGAGAAAUAUAAAUCAGAGGAUGAGGAUCACAAGAAGAAAGUGGAGGCUAAGAAUGCAUUGGAGAAUUAUGCAUAUAACAUGAGGAACACAGUCAGGGAUGAGAAGAUUGGUGCUAAGCUCAAUCCAUCUGACAAGAAAAAUAUCGAGGAUGCAGUUGAGCGGACCAUCAAUUGGCUGGACAGCAACCAGCUGGCUGAAGCUGAUGAGUUCGAGGAUAAGAUGAAGGAGCUUGAAAGCAUUUGCAACCCCAUCAUUGCCAAAAUGUACCAAGGUGCUGGUGGUGAUGCAGAUGGUGGAACCGGCGCUGAUGCACCUCCAGCUGGCGGAAGUGGAGCUGGCCCCAAGAUUGAGGAGGUUGACUAGGAGGAAUGAAACACAAACAUGUCCUUCUAGUUUUUUUUCUUUUUUUGGGCUGUUCGUUCAUAUAUAGCUGGAUUUUAAGAGAUCUUGAUUUGGAUAUUCAGGUCAAUAAUAACUUAGGGCCAAAUUUCGAUUUUGUUUUCAGCAUUUCCUGUUUCCGUUCUAAGUGGAUUUAGAACUUAAAUUUACUUGUUAUUGAUGUUCUCUUGAGAUGAAACUCUCUGCUCAGUGCUCACUUACGCUACUAAGGAAGGGUUUUUGCUCCUUUUCCCUCUGUGUUUACUAGCCCAUUUUAUCAGUCAAAAUCUGAAUGCAAUUGAAGUGUUGGAGGAGAUCAAAGGCUGACAGAAAGAAAACAAGAGAAACAUGGAUUAGUUCUAGGCACAGUGCUGUCCCUACCCCCUUUCUUAUUUCAUUUGUUCUACAUGGUAGUUUAGCAAAAAUAAAAACAGAAAAGAAACUUGAUGGAGCUCAUCUAACAAAAGGCGAAUUUUCUCCAACAAAUGUAAUCAGGCAGGGAGAGGGGGAAAGUUUCUGCAUAACUUUCA